UCAGGCGGAGACCUUGAUAACGUAAUGGUGUAAAAAGCGGCGGAUAUCAGCAUUGAUCAUAACCAUAUUGCUUUCUUUUAUAUGGUUUAGAUUUUAAAAUAUUUACUCAUUUUGAAGACAUUUUGGUGGAAUGGAGAACAAAAGAUUUUCGUCUUGCAGCUACGGCCUCGCGUUUCUUUUCCUUUUCCUCCACACCGUCAAUGGAGACCUGAGCUACUCUAUCCCGGAGGAGAUGAAACGUGGAUCUGUAAUUGGGAAUAUCGCCAAGGAUUUGGGCCUUGAUUUGGGCCAGUUAUCUGCCCGUAAAGCACGCAUUGAUCCUGAGGAUAACAACGUUCAGCACUGCGGCAUCAACCUCAACACCGGUGACGUGGUUGUUCAGGAGAGGAUUGACAGAGAAGGGCUUUGUGGCAAAAAGGCUUCGUGUGUUCUGAAACAAGAACUUGUACUAGAAAAUCCAUUAGAGCUGCACCGUAUUAAUAUUCGUGUUUUAGAUAUUAAUGAUAAUUCACCAGUGUUCAAGGAAGGAUCCCUAAAAUUUGAAAUUCUGGAAAUAGCAGUAAGAGGAGCUCGUUUUCCUCUAAGAGAAGCCCAUGAUGCAGACAUUGGUGAAAACGCUGUUCAAAGCUACACUUUACAGCAGAACGAUCAUUUCAAAUUAAAUGUAAACACUAAACCAGGUGGACGGAAGUACUGUGAAUUGGUCUUAGAUAAAGAAUUAGAUAGAGAAGAUAAAAAAGACAUCAUGCUCUCGUUGACUGCAUAUGAUGGUGGUUCUCCUCAGAGAUCAGGUACAGUAGUCAUACACGUCACUGUGCUGGAUGCUAAUGAUAAUGUACCAGUGUUUAGUCAGACCGUCUAUAAAGCCAGUCUGCCUGAAAACUCUCCUCUUGAUACCUUGGUGAUCACAGUGAGUGCAAGCGAUGCAGAUGAAGGCUUAAAUAGUGAAAUUACAUAUGCAUUUGAUCAUGUUUCUGAUGACAAUAGUAAUGUAUUUACAUUACAUCCUAAAACUGGAGACGUCAGAGUGGCUGGUGUUGUUGAUUAUGAGAAAAUGUCAACAUAUGAAAUGCAAAUAAGCGCGAUAGAUGGCCUUGGAUUGAUUUCAUACUGUUCUUUGAUUAUUGAAGUUACUGACACAAAUGACAACACGCCAGUUAUACAACUAAAGUCACUGUCUAAUCCAGUACCAGAGAAUGUACCACUCGGUACUGAGGUGGGCAUCAUUAAUGUACAGGACAGAGACUCUGAGAAGAACGGACAGGUCCGCUGCUCCAUUCAACAAAACGUCCCCUUCAAGUUAGUUCCUUCUAUUAAAAACUAUUAUUCUCUGGUGACUACUGGACAACUGGACCGUGAACUAGUGUCUGAUUACAACAUUACAAUCAGUGCUACUGAUGAGGGCUCUCCUCCUCUGUCCUCCUCUAAAAUGAUCCACUUAUCUGUAGCAGACAUCAACGACAACCCACCUGUGUUUGAGGAACAGUCCUACAGUGCAUAUGUGAGUGAAAAUAACAAAGCCGGCUCCACUUUAUGUUCCGUUAGUGCUCAAGACCCCGACUGGAGACAGAACGGUACCGUGAUUUAUUCUCUGUUAGCCGCCGAGGUGAACGGUGCCCCGGUGUCUUCCUAUGUUUCCGUUAAUGGAGACACUGGAGUGAUCCAUGCUGUCAGGUCUUUGGAUUACGAACACCUGAGGAGCUUUAGAGUCCACGUCAUGGCCAGAGACAAUGGUUCUCCUCCUCUCAGCAGCAACGUGAGCGUCAGUGUGUUCAUAUCGGAUGUGAACGACAACUCUCCUCAGAUACUGUACCCCUCCCCGGAGGGCAACUCCUUCAUGACCGAGCUGGUCCCCAAAGCUGCACACGGAGGCUCUGUGGUGUCCAAAGUGAUAGCGGUGGAUGCAGACUCCGGACAGAACGCCUGGCUGUCCUAUCAUAUAGUCAAGUCCACGGAUCCGGGACUUUUCACCAUCGGUCUCCACAGUGGAGAGAUCAGGACCCAGCGGGACAUUUCUGAAUCUGACAGCAUGAAACAGAACCUGAUUGUGGCAGUGAAAGAUAACGGACAGCCCCCUCUCUCUGCCACCUGCUCCAUGUAUUUACUUAUUUCUGAUAACUUGGCUGAGGUGCCAGAACUGAAGGACAUUUCUUACGAUGAGAAGAAUUCCAAACUGACGUCUUAUCUGAUCAUCGCGCUGGUGUCUGUGUCCACCUUCUUUCUGACCUUCAUCAUCGUCGUCCUGGGUGUGAGGUUCUGUCGCAGGAGAAAGCCCAGACUGUUGUUUGAUGGAGCAGUUGCCAUCCCCAGCGCGUAUCUCCCUCCUAAUUACGCAGAUGUUGACGGCACAGGAACUUUACGCAGCAGCUACAACUAUGACGCCUACUUGACAACAGGUUCUAGAACCAGUGACUUUAAGUUUGUGUCUUCUUACAAUGACAACACACUGCCUGCUGACCAGACUCUGAGGAAGAGUCCUUCUGACUUUGUUGAUGAGCUUCAUGAUUCCUUCGACCCCCUGGAGGUAGGCAUUUGA